CGCCGAUCAUGUUACAGACCGCUGUGUAACUAAACGAUGCUAUGAUUUAGUCGAGUAACGAAAGAUAACUCUUCGCCAACUGGUGUUAAAUACAACAAACCGUUAUGGAUGCAGUGAACGCGUUCAACAUGGAGUUGUUCUCCAUGAUCGACAUGAAGCCUCCAAUCUCCCGUGCUAAGAUGAUGUCCGUAACAAAGUCAGCCAUCAAAGCUAUCAAGCUUUACAAACAUGUUGUCCAAAUUGUUGAAAAGUUCAUCAAGAAGUGCAAGCCAGAAUUGAAAGUCCCUGGUUUGUAUGUGGUGGAUUCGAUUGUUCGACAGUCACGCCAUCAGUUUGGAGUUGACAAAGACGUAUUUGGGCCCAGAUUCUUGAAGAACUUCACAGAUACUUUCCAAAACCUUUACCGAUGCCCCGAAGAUGAUAAGAGCAAAAUAAUCCGUGUCCUGAACCUGUGGCAGAAGAAUGGUGUGUUUGAGAUGAGCAUCAUUCAGCCUCUCAUGGAUAUGUCCAAUGGAACCAUCACACCUUCCCCUGAACUGGAAGCUCCUGCUGACCCCCAACAAGAGGCACAGCUUCCCGUCACUGGUGCCCCAGCUGUGCCCCAGCUGCCCACUCCUGAUGCCUUAGCUGCUGUGGCACAGCUCUUUCAAUCUCCCCACGGACAGGAGCUGCAUAGGAUGCUCCAGAACUUCCAACAAGCGGAUAAGACAUUGGCAGCCUCACUAGCAAACAACAUACCAAACCAACCGCAGAAGCUUGUGUCCCAGCUGAACCCUUACAGUGCUCACACAGAGAAGAGAAGCUCUUUAGCCGAGAAACUCCUGGACCGAUUUGACUACGAUGAUGAACCCGAGGAAAUGACCACUAAAGAAGGCAGUGCCCAGUCACACGGCAUUCCUGAAAACGUGUUUAACCAGUGUCCUGGUCGCAUGCCCAACAUGGAGAAUGUUCAUCCACAUAUGAUGGGGCAGAGCGGUGGCAUCGAGCACGCUGGAGGAAUGAGUUAUGGUGAACAUCAUAUGAUGACCGAUGGAUACGGUUCCAUGAAUGAGGCUUAUUCACAAUUACAGGGAAAUUCAAGAGAAGACUCAACCAUGAGGCGGGAGGGCAGACACAGAGGCUAUGGCAGGAGAUCAAGAUCCAGAUCUGGUUCAAGAUCUCCCCGGAGAAGAAGAUCGAGGUCUUCUUCCCGCUCAAGAAGGUCGAGGCAUCGGCGCUCUGACUCUCGCUCUAGAGAACAGCGCUGGAGAUCUCGUUCUGGUUCUCAGGACACGAAUGAAAGAGAGAAAGACAGAGAACGCAGACAGAAAGGUCUCCCCAGCAUGAAGAGCCAGACACUCAGUGUGUGCAGCACCACACUCUGGGUUGGACAACUAGACAAGAAAACGCAGCAGUCCGACGUGAUGUCCCUUCUGGAAGAGUUCGGACAGAUUGAUUCCAUCAAUAUGAUUCCUCCGAGGGGUUGUGCCUAUAUUGUUAUGAUUCACAGGCAAGAUGCCUACACAGCUUUGAACAAACUGAGUAAAGGGUCUUACAAAGUCAAUCAGAAACCCGUUAAGAUUGCUUGGGCUUUGAACAAAGGUAUAAAAUCAACACACAAAAAGUUCUGGGAUGUGGAGCGGGGCGUUACCUACAUUCCAUGGAGCAAGGUCAAAGUAGAGGAGUUGGAUGUCUAUCGGGAAGGGGGAAUGCUGGACGCAGAGACACUAAAUCCAGAGUGGAAUAAUGGCAUGGAACUCGGUAUGCAGGCAUCUGUAAAUGGAGCGCUGGAAAGUGUGCCUGCAGAAGGAGCUGUCACUGCUCACGUUCAGAUGCCACCAGUUCAGCGAGCGGCACCCAUUGGAAGUCCACCUGCUUUUCCUGGCCCCAUCCUGCUGUCGCCGACGUCUAUGCCUCCAAGAGGAGCUGCUUUCAUCUCCACCGAGUUUGACCCGACCAAGUUGGCACCGAGUAGUGUAAAACACCCGGAGGACUCCAUCCAGGACUCUAUAGGAGACACAGGCAUGCCUUUGGAUAUGUGCGCCGACCACCAGCUGGGUUCUCCCACAGCACCGGUGAUGACCCUGCCGGGCACGGGAGUCAUGCAGGGUUCCAGACUGGGCAUGCCCCCUCUGCAGCCUCCCCCCAACAUGCCGAAUCCUCAUCUACCUCCUUUCCUCUCGCCUCCAAACAUGUCGCACAAUCACCCGCAAAUGAUGCCCGGACGGCCCGUGUUUUCUCCGGAGAGGUUCAGGAUGCCCAUGCCCUUUCCGCCUCGCGGCCCUCCUUUCCAUCGGCAUCUCUCCAUGGGACCAGACGGCAUGCACGACAGGGAAGGGAUGCAUUUCAGAAACGGGAGAGCAGGGUUUGGGUGCCCGCCCUUCCAGAGAGGGAGGUGGUAGAAGCAGGCAGAAUGACAGACCUGAGGGGAGAGGCGUCGGGAUCACUGUGACGGAUCAGUAUCACGACAUCUGGUUCAACAAGGAACUGCUGUAAAUAAUUGAGGGUGCUUAGACUUCUUUUAGUACCGCACCCUUUUCUUACCGUCACAUGAACAAUCACACAGACAGUGUUCUGAAUGUGAUCCACGCACCUCCAAGUUCACCAGAGGAGAGACCUUUUGUUGUAAAUACUGUACAUGCUCGUAGCUGUUUGCUAUCUUUUUGUAUAUUUGAAGUGUGUAGUUCAUGCUGAAGUCUAAUCUUAGUAGUUGGAGGGGAAAAAACAAAGGCAACGUCUGUAUUUUUGAGCGUAUUCCCUUUACCAUAGUUUUUGUCUAAGGAAGGAGACUGAAAAUCUAUAAUUCAAUCACCGUUUUGGUAUUUAGUUUUUAGCGAAAUGGCUUUUGUAACACACUAAUGUUUAAUUCCUGAGUUAAGAAGUUUGAUUUCAUUUGAAGUGGAAGAUUCAUGUCCUGCCAGCAGAGGGUAGUGUAAACCCUGUUACCGCGGCCAACCCCUGUUGUACAUUAAGGUCACACCUUGUAACUCGCAUUGAAAAUUAAAAAAAGGUUUCAAUUUGA